AUUUUAAUCAUAAUCACAUUCGAGGCUAAAGGAAAGCGAAGAACCCGGUUUAAUUUGGUUUAAAUCACCAAAUCCUCCUGAUAUUGGUGAUAUCCCGGUUUAAUUUGGUUUAAGUCACCAAAUCCGAAUUUCGGUAAAAAUAACGGCGGUCUCUAUCUCUCUCUCUCUUUACUUUAACCUAAAACAAGUCUAGUCUAGUUCAGUAAGAUUGAUACAGAGAAGCUUCGUUUUCUUGUCUGAUUUCGAACAAAGCUCAGAUCAUUGUCGACGAUAUAUAUCCAAGAGACUCGUUUAUUUAAGAUGACGAUGACGCUCCUCAAGCCCUUAUCUUCUCACGUUUCCAAUCUCCGUCUCUCUGUAUCGUUUCUUCACAGCGUGGGCGUGGCACUACCUUCAGAUAGAGAGAAGCUUACCGUAGUAGAAGAAGACGAUGACGACGCCGAAACUGUUUACCGGAUGAUCAAUGGAUCAAAUCAGCAAGGAGAUUUGAAGGAAUCGUUGAGCUCCAGUGGAAUCCACUUGUCCAAGGACUUAAUCGAUAAGGUUUUGAAAAGGGUAAGGUUUAGCCAUGGGAACCCUCUGCAAACCCUAGAGUUUUACAGGUACGCUAAUGCUAAAAGAGGGUUUUGUAAUUCAUCGUUUUCUCUAGACACAAUGCUCUAUAUCCUCGGUAGAAGUCGACAGUUCGAUCAAAUUUGGGAGGUUUUGAUUGAGACUAAGCGAAAGGAUCGAUCUUUGAUAUCGCCAAGGACUAUGCAAGUGGUUUUAGGUAGAGUUGCUAAGUUGUGUUCCGUUAGACAAACUGUUGAGUCUUUCUGGAAGUUUAAGAGAUUGGUUCCUGAUUUCUUCGACACGGCUUGUUUCAAUGCUCUCUUGAGAACUCUUUGCCAAGAGAAGACUAUGACUGAUGCUAGGAAUGUGUAUCAUAGCUUGAAGAAUCAGUUUCAGCCUGAUUUGCAUACCUUUAACAUACUUUUAUCUGGUUGGAAAUCAUCGGAAGAAGCUGAGGCUUUCUUUGAGGAAAUGAAGGGGAAGGGGUUAAAGCCUGAUGUGGUUACGUAUAACUCUUUGAUUGAUGUGUACUGCAAGGAUAGAGAGAUAGAGAAAGCUUAUAAGGUGAUUGAUAAGAUGCGGGAGGAGGAUGAGACUCCUGAUGUUAUUACGUAUACAACUAUCAUUGGUGGUCUUGGGUUAAUUGGUCAGCCUGAUAAAGCUAGAGAGAUUUUAAAUGAAAUGAAGGAGUAUGGAUGUUAUCCUGAUGUUGCGGCUUAUAAUGCUGCUAUUAGGAACUUUUGCAUUGCGAGGAGGCUUGGGGAUGCAGAUAAGUUGGUGGAUGAGAUGGUGAAGAAGGGUUUGUCUCCGAACGCUACUACUUAUAAUCUGUUUUUUCGUGUUUUGUCGUUGGCAAAUGAUUUGGGACGGUCUUGGGAGCUGUAUAAGAGAAUGUUGGGAAAUGGUUGUUUGCCGAAUACACAGUCUUGUAUGUUCUUGAUUAAGAUGUUUAAGAGACAUGAGAAAGUGGAUAUGGCUUUGCGGUUGUGGGAAGAUAUGGUGGUAAAAGGCUUUGGUUCAUAUACUUUGGUUUCGGAUGUGCUUCUGGAUCUGCUUUGUGAUUUGGCUAAAGUCGAAGAAGCUGAGAAAUGUUUGCUUGAGAUGGUUGAGAAAGGUCAUAGACCGAGUAAUGUCUCCUUUAAAAGGAUCAAGUUGUUGAUGGAGCUUGCGAAUAAGCACGACAAGGUUAAUAACUUGAAACAGAAAAUGGCUAUAUUCGGUACAGUGAUUCCGCAAUAACAUAUCUUUACAUUCUUCCC